AUGGAUACCGGCGCUCCGGGAAAGGCUCCUGACCGAGAUGAGGCCUCCAACGCAGGAGAGGCCUCUGGCAAUGGAGAGGCGCCGGCCAGGGACGAGGUUGGCUCUCAUUUUCCCCUCCAUGACAGAGCAAAGGCGGCCGCGGCCAGAGAAAGCCUGCGAGCCCGGGGCCUGUUGGAGGAGAAUGACAACGACACGGUUGAGGGUCCUAACCCAGUAGGCCCUCCCUCUGUCCGGUGUCUCCGGAAUUGCGGCCUGCUGUUCCACACCAGGAUGGACAUGCUCAGACAUGCAGUUCUUGCGGACCGGCACAGUUACUGCCCUGGCUGCGAGGAGCUCUUCGAGAACGACCAUGACCUCCUCGCCCACGAGAUGAAGGACGCCAAGAUUGAGCACUGGCGAUGCCCACUUUGCGGAGAGUACUGCAUCCGCCAAUCUGCCCUCCGAAACCAUGUCCGAUCGAGUCAUCCCCCCGUCCGAUACGGAAAGCCGAAGUGCCCUGGCUGUGGGAAGCUGUUCGAAUUCGGCUCUCAGCACAUGACGCACAUGCGUACCAACGAAUGCGGAUCGGGUAUCGUGGCCGAAGUCAUGGAGCAGAUGCGACGCAUGUAUGAGAGGCGCAUGCAAGAGCAUGAAGCUCACAUAGCCAAACUCUUGAAUGACCUCAAGAUCCAAGAGGUAACCAUCGCUGCUUCUAGUCCUUCCACCGGUUCCGCUCCUGCCGACACUCCCGAGCGAGGUAAGAAUCACUCAGAUAGCGACACUGACAUCGAUCUGGAUGAUCUGAUUAACCAAAACAGACAAACCUAA